AUGUCGCGCCACCAGGCAGUUCGCAAUCUCGACUACGAUGAGGCCCUCGACGAGUACGAAGGCGAAGAUUUUGAUGAUGAGAACGAGGCCGAUCAGCUCAGCCCCGAGGAUCGCGAUGCCAUGAAUGUUGGAACCGCAACAGUGCAAAGCGCGCUGGGUCCUGACGCCGACAAAGUGACGGCGCAGCAAAUUCAGGAUGCACUGUGGUACUACUACUAUGACAUUGAUAAGACAGUGUCAUAUCUGCAGAAGAAAUUCGUUGCGCCGCCCCCAGCCCCAAAGCAGGAGCCUAAAAAGGCCAAGGAUGAUGGUUUUGGUCUUGAGAGCAUGGGUGGUGAGGUAACGGACUACGACAUCGCAACUGUUCCAGCAUAUCCCAUACGACAGACGGUUUCCCUUUCUCCGUCUUCAUUUUUCCAUGGCAUCCCUUGGAUGAAUAUACCCAGCAACCGACAGGCUGUCCUCGUCCCGCCCCGGCCUCUGCCUGGCGGUCUCCUCGGCGGCGGCGAAGGUCCAAAGCUUUCCAAGUUGCAGGCAUUGGCUGCGGCGCGAAAGAAGAAGGCGGCAACGGAGGCGAAAAAUCCAGACGACAAGGUCGACCGAGCGGAGAAGAGAAUGUCAACUUUGGCUAUCGAUGAGUCAUCGAAGGGGGGUCAGAGACCCGGCUCUAGCAUCCUCGCCAAACGACAGAAGCUGGCAGCAGACUCGGCCUCGGGAGCUCAAGCUGCGACGCUCGUUUCGCGGCCACGACAGGACGAACCUGCGCCAGGUCCAUCUGGUAUGGAUGUUGAUGAUGCGCCAUCUCCUGGAAAUAUUGACGAAGCCGAGGUUGACUGUUUGGUGGUGCCUCCGACAAGACCAUCUGCCUUUGCUCAGACACUCUUUGGGUCUGCUCAGAAUUCUGCCGCCGCCUCUCAGACGUACACUCUGCCGUACAUGGACUCUUCCACCUUUGUGCCUAGUGCUUUCUCCCAGCCGAGCCCCGAUGACAUCGUGCUCGCAGCUCAGGCGAAAGCGGGCACUAAGUUCGACGCUGCUGCCGCCAAGAGCGCCACCAAGAAAGUUGUCACCAAACCGACAGGCUCCCAGACGCCUACUGGUGAGAUGAAACAGCUUCAGCUAGACGACUCGGCAGCUCCCAAGAACAAGAAGCUGAACGUUCUCAAGGAGUUUGAGAAGAGCGAGAACAAAAGGAGUGCCAGCUUUGUUGUUGUCGGCCACGUCGAUGCUGGAAAGAGUACGCUGAUGGGCAGGCUACUUCUGGAACUGAAGUAUAUUGAACAACAUCUUAUCGACCGGUAUCGAAGACAGGGUGAGAAGACGGGAAAGUCUUCGUUUGCCCUCGCAUGGGUGAUGGAUCAACGAGAGGAAGAGCGCGAGCGAGGUGUCACCAUUGACAUCGCCACCAACCAGUUUGAAACCGAGAAGACACGUUUCACAAUCCUCGACGCCCCAGGCCACAGAGACUUCGUACCCAAUAUGAUCGCCGGAGCCAGUCAAGCAGACUUUGCGAUUCUCGUCAUCGAUGCCAACACGGGAGCUUUCGAGAAGGGUCUUAAGGGUCAGACCAGAGAGCAUGCUCUCCUGCUGAGAAGUCUGGGGGUGCAAAGAGUCAUUGUUGCUGUCAACAAGCUGGACAUGGUGGGGUGGUCAAAGGAUCGAUUCGACGAGAUCUCAGAGCAAGUCACUGGAUUCAUGAAGGGCAACGGGUUCCAGCUUAAGAACGUCACUUUUGUGCCCAUAUCCGGGCUUACUGGUGCCAACCUGGCGCAGCGGCCGGACGACGAGGCUCUUUCUUGGUACGAUGGCCCAACACUGAUCGAGGCGCUGGAAGAUUCGGAUCCGAUGGCGAGAGCACUCGAGAAGCCAUUCCGGAUGUCUAUUUCGGAAAUCUACCGGACGCAACAGAGUCAGCUUACUGUGGCCGGGCGGAUAGAAUCUGGCACGGUGCAAAACGGAGAGGCGUUGAUUAUUCAGCCAAGUGGAGAGCCGGCAUCAAUACGAUCGAUCGAAGUGGAUGGCGAGGUGCAAGACUGGGCAGUCGCAGGGCAAAAUGUCAACAUUGGCCUGUACGGCAUCGACCCGAUCCACGUGCGGGUGGGCGACAUCAUUAGCACCAAGGCAGCGCCCAUCGAGACGAGCGAUACAUUGACGAUGAAGGUACUGGCCUUUGACCACUUGAUGCCGAUGCCAGUAGACGUUCAUCGCGGUCGCCUGCACGCCGCGGGCAGAGUGGAGGCCAUCCCAGCCGUGUUGGACAAGUUGACAGGAAGCACGGUGAAGAAGAACCCCAAGAUCGUGCAGCCGGGCAAGGUCGCGCGGGUUGUCGUUAAGCUGGAGUCCAAGGUGCCGUUGGAGGCGGGGCAGCGAGUGGUGCUAAGAAGCGGCGGAGAGACAAUUGCUGCAGGGCUACUGGAGUAA